CGAGUUUCUAAUGCUUUGAUAGCUGAUUUAUUUGAUUACCAUGUCAAACAUGGCCUCAAGAAAAUUGCAGGCGUGAUAUAUAAGCACCUUGUACCUCUCUCACUCACAACACCUGUGCUUACCUACAGUACACCACACCGGACAAAACCACCUCCGUUCGACGCAGUUGAGACUCUGCCCGCCCCCGAACUGUGGACAGCACGCAAGUACUACUAGUUAUUACGGAGUACCGUCAAGGGGGGCCUUCCAAUCCAAAACCAAGGUACAUUGCCUAGGUAUAAAUCUAAAACCUAAAACAUCCCAAACAAAACACAAUGUCCUCCUCAUCAUCACCGCCCUCGACACUGAAGAGUCCACCUCCACACACCCCCAGCACGAUACUCCUCUUCCCGACACCCUCCAUUCUCCUCGUCGUGCUCAACAACCCGCGAGGGCUCAACUGCCUCUCGACCUCGUUGCACUGGGCCCUCGACGCUCUGCUGACAUGGUACGACAACGAACCCACCCUGCGCUGCUGCGUGGUCACGGGCAUGGGCCGAGCCUUCUGCGCCGGCGCCGAUCUGAAGGAAUGGAACGAGUCCAACAACGCACGCGCCACCGGCCAGGGCCAGGGCCAGCGCGUCAUGCCGGCCAGCGGCUUCGGCGCAAUCUCUCGACGCGUGGGCAAGAAGCCCGUCAUUGGCGCCAUCAACGGCCUUGCAUUCGGUGGGGGGAUGGAGAUGGUGGCCAACUUGGACAUGGUGGUCGCCGCCAAGAGCGCACUCUUUGCCCUUCCUGAGGUCAAGAGAGGCGUUGUUGCAUUUGCCGGGGCUCUGACCCGUAUUGUGAGGACGAUCGGAAAGCCCAGGGCAAUGGAGAUGGCUUUGACAGGAAGGACCGUCGGAGCUGCCGAGGCCAAGGACUGGGGAAUCGUCAAUGCUGUGACAGAAGAUGCCCCUGUGGACGCAGACAUCCUCGAAAGACCUGUUGUGAAGAAAGCGCUGGAGUAUGCCAAAGAGAUCUGCAACAAUAGUCCCGACAGUGUAAUUAUCAGUCGCGCCGGGAUCAUUGCUGGCUGGGAGGACGGCAGCGCAGAGCAUGGCACACAAACCACGAACGAAGUGUAUCAGAGGAGGUUAAACGAGGGCGAGAACAUACGUGAAGGUGUCAAAGCUUUCGUGGAAAAGAGAUCUCCGAGAUGGGUGCCGAGUAAGUUGUGAGUGUAUCAGAGACCGAGAGAGCUUCAAUCUGGAACAUCGGUCAAGACGAGAAACACACUCGAUAACACGUAUGGAAGUAGAGUAGAAUUUGAAUAUCCUUCGGUGUUUUCGGUGUCUAUUUG